UCCCAUGGCGUAUUGUAAUCAUUCUUGUCCCGCCUUUACCAGAGUUCUUCCGGAGAUAGUUUCUUGUAGCGUGUUCAGAUGCUAUGUUGGAUGUUGCAGACGCAUGACCACUAUGGACAGUGUGCGCUGGGCAUUUCGGUGCGGUUCGUGGACUCCAUGUCCUACAGAGUGGUUGUUCGCCGCGCGCUGCGUGCAGAGCGAGGAGAAGGAACGAAUCGGAAAGUUCGUUUUUGCAAAAGAUGCUAAAUUAGCUAUGGCUGGCCGUCUACUUAUGAGAAAGCUAAUCUCGGAGCGGAUGGGGAUCUCCUGGGAUCAUAUCCAUCUGGAGAGAACGGCCAAAGGGAAGCCCUUCUUAGUCAAUCCACCCUCCAGUGAGCUCCAUAGGUGGAACUUUAAUGUCUCUCAUCAGGGAGACUUUGCAGUCUUGGCUGCAGAGCAGGGCUGGCUGGUGGGAGUGGACGUGACGAAGACCGCUAUGCCAGGUAGUAGCAGCGUGUCCGAGUUUUUUCGGAUCAUGAGAAGACAGUUCACUGACCACGAGUGGACGACCAUCAGAGCUUCAGGACCCGAGUGGGCACAGCUGGACACGUUCCACCGACAUUGGGCCCUGAAGGAGAGCUUCAUAAAGGCAACUGGAACAGGACUCGGGUUCGACCUGCAGAGGGUGGAGUUCCACAUCUCCCCUGUGCAGAUGCAGGAAGGUCAGGUGUACAGAGGGACCAGGAUGCUUCUUGAUUCUGAGGAGGAAGAGGACUGGUUGUUUGAGGAGUGCCUGCUGGAUGAACACCACCACGUAGCUGUAGCACUGGGGAGGCCGGACAGCAGCACGGGUGACGAUGACCGGCCGGCCUUCCCCUGCGACUCGCCUUCCGCGUUCACCCUGCUCAGUUUCAGCGACCUCGUCUCGGGAGCCGCGCCCCUCGCCGAAGAAGACGCCUCCUACUGGGAGAGCUUUCGGAGGAAGCCGGAGGCACCGUCCCGCCAGAGCGCCCAGCCCCGAUGAGUCCUCCUGUCAUCCUGCGAAACCCGGACACGUGAUACCUUGGCUGGCAAAUGACAUUAAGCCCCACUUCCCUACUUGACAGUUUACUGUAAAUGUGGAUGUUUUUGUGCUGUCUGCAUGAGGUUCACACUUAUAAAUAUUGUAUACGAAUGCAGUAUAGUAUACAGUAUAUACGCAGUAAAAGUAUUUACGCAGUAAAAGUAUUUAUUACAGAAGAAACAUCCAAGCUGUGAACCAGUUUAGUUCAUUCACCCCACCAGUUCUGUUCUCCUCUGCUGUUGAGGCGGGUGCUCGGUUGAACCUAACACAGAGCACAAUAGUCAUUUAUGUGGUGUGAACGUCUCUUACAGGCUGCAGAAGAAAAAUAACCUCUUCAUUAAAAUGAUAUUUUUCAAGAGGAGGAUUUGAUAAUACGCCGUUGGUUUUCCAUAUCAAGGGCAUUCAUGCACUCACUUGAGCGCUGAUGAUGGGCCGACGGGAGAGCAGCCCAGCCAUUGGCGACGCACGCUGUCUGUGAGUGCCCAAUCAAGGGCGCCGAACAUGGGCGAGGCCCUGAAUGGAAAUGCUCUGCGAUUGCUGUUAUUUGCUCCUGAAGAGAACAGAGUUCUUUAUUUGAGUUUUACCUUUUCACUGAUGGCAAACGCAGCUACCCUCCCCCCUGCCGCCUCGCUCAGCGUGCCAUAUCAGCGGUGGCUUUACAGGAAAUCUAAUCAUUUAGAUCAAAUCGUUGUGUAAUUAAUUAUUCCUCCUGUCCUUCUCUCUGGUCUCUCUCUCUGUUUAUCAUUCUCCUGUUUUUUGUGUGUUUUUUCUCCCCUUCCGCUUCAUUUCCUUCACAGCUCCCUCUUUCUCUUCAUCGGUCUCUCCCAUGGAUGUUUUCUCUGUUUUCACUUCCCCUUUCCUCCCCCCCUCAGCUGCCUCAAUUCUGUCAACCAUCCUUCUCGCACCCCAUCUGCUGCCGGGGCUGUUUUUGUCAGGAGGCAUUUAGCGGCCUGUUAGGGGUGGACAUUGGAAGCUCUGCCAGACCAGCCCGGUGCUGGCCCGUUCACCCCUGCCGCACUGCACUUCUGAGUGAGGGGGUGACCAGCCCACUGGCUUUGUAAAAUAAAGAUGGCCACUAAACAAAUAGCCAAUUAUCUUCCCUUUGCGGCACCCAGGGAUGACAGCAUUGAUUAAAUCACUCUUUAUCACUGAGCUUUGAGGCUCAUGCUG